CGCUUCCCGCUCGCGGUUGCUAGGUUACCCGGGCCCUCACAGAAGGCGGUGGCGGGCGGGUGCAGCGAGUUUGUCCCCUUGCCCGCACACUGCUUGACCUCUGUACUUAAGUGCGGUGGCCGCCUGCCUCGCUGGAGCUUCUCUGCUGCACCCAUCCGUGCUGCUUGGGACGGGCCGGGGCGCGAAGGCGGUCGCACCCAUCGCUCUGCCCUCCUGGGAAGUUUCUGCUCUCCUUCCCCACUCCUACCCUUAAGGAAACCCCCUCACCGCCUGCCCCGGACCAGGUUCCUCUGAACCCUAAAUUCAAUCUAAAUUCAAUCUUCAGGGCCCACUCUCCCAACCCUCUGACCGUUUUCCAUCGACACCAACCGAGACGACUUCGUCGCGUGCUCCCAUCCCCAUUUCUCUCACUUUCCUGUGGCGAGCAUCUCCCUUCUCAGGGAAAGGGAAGCAUGGGGCCAGCACCUUAGGAAGAAGAGGCGGGAAGAUACGCCGCCCUCCCUGUCUCAGCUUCUCGUGUGUCAUCAGCUGCCCAUUUGGAAAUUGGGCAGGGUUUGCGACUGGUUUUCUAGUCAUUGACUAGUUUUCAGCCUACCAUCCAGAAGUAACAUGUUCCCAGCCUUGGAAACGCACCUAAAGCAGACUGUUCCUGAUCCUUAUGAAGACUUUAUGUACCGUCACCUCCAAUAUUAUGGCUACUUUAAAGGGCCUACCAGUUUAUCUUCAGCUGUGCACAGACAGAUAGAAGCCAUCAAUAGAGAUCCACAUAUGCUGAGUUUACCACAUCUUAGGAGCACACAGCUUCUUUAUGAUGAGUUAAAUGAAGUAAACCCACGUCUUCGAGAACCCCAAGAACUCUUUUCCAUUUUGUCUACCAAGAGGCCACUGCAGGCUCCAAGAUGGCCAGUUGAAUGUGAGGUCAUCAAGGAAAACAUUCAUCAUAUUGAGUGGGCUCCACCUCAACCAGAAUACUUCUAUCAGCCUAAAGGAAAUGAAAAGGUACCAGAGAUUGUAGGAGAGAAAAAAGGAACAGUUGUCUAUCAAUUAGAUUCAGUGCCUACAGAAGGUUCCUAUUUCACCAGUUCCAGAGUGGGAGGCAAACAAGGAAUUAUCAAGGAACUUGCUGUCACAUUGCAAGGACCGGAAGAUAAUACUCUACUGUUUGAAUCAAGAUUUGAGAGUGGGAAUCUGCAAAAAGCUGUCAGAGUAGACACCUAUGAGUAUGAACUCACCUUGAGAACUGACCUCUACACUAACAAACACACUCAGUGGUUUUAUUUUCGUGUUCAGAACACCAGAAAAGAUGCCACCUAUCGCUUCACCAUUGUCAACUUGCUAAAACCCAAGAGUCUUUAUACUGUAGGAAUGAAGCCACUCUUGUACUCCCAGUUGGAUGCCAACACCCGCAGUAUUGGCUGGAGGAGAGAAGGAAAUGAAAUCAAGUACUACAAGAACAACACGGGUGACGGGCAGCAGACCUUCUACUGUCUCACAUGGACCAUUCGGUUUCCAUAUGACCAGGACACUUGCUUCUUUGCACACUUCUACCCAUAUACAUACACUGAUUUGCAAUGCUACCUCCUGUCAGUGGCAAACAACCCUAUCCAGUCUCAGUUCUGCAAGCUCCAAACUUUAUGCAGGAGCCUAGCAGGAAAUACCGUUUACUUGCUCACCAUCACCAACCCAUCCCGGACCCCUCAAGAGGCAGCUGCAAAGAAAGCUGUGGUCUUGAGUGCCAGAGUUCACCCUGGAGAAAGUAAUGGCUCCUGGGUUAUGAAAGGCUUUUUGGACUUCAUCCUUAGCAACGCCCCAGAUGCCCAGCUCCUCAGAGAUAUUUUUGUCUUCAAGGUGCUUCCCAUGUUAAAUCCAGAUGGUGUGAUUGUGGGGAAUUAUCGGUGUUCCUUGGCUGGAAGAGAUUUGAACAGGCAUUAUAAAACCAUUCUGAAGGAGUCUUUCCCUUGUAUUUGGUACACCAGGAACAUGAUCAAAAGACUUCUUGAAGAAAGAGAGGUUCUGUUGUAUUGUGAUUUCCAUGGCCACAGUCGUAAGAAUAAUAUCUUCCUGUAUGGCUGUAAUAACAACAAUCGCAAGUACUGGCUUCAUGAACGCGUCUUUCCUUUAAUGUUAAGCAAAAAUGCACCAGAUAAGUUCUCUUUUCACAGUUGUAAUUUUAAGGUCCAAAAAUGCAAAGAAGGAACGGGACGAGUUGUUAUGUGGCGGAUGGGAAUCCUAAACAGCUACACCAUGGAGUCUACCUUUGGCGGGUCCACCCUGGGUAGUAAAAGAGACACCCACUUUACCAUCGAAGAUCUGAAGUCCUUAGGUUAUCAUGUCUGUGACACCCUUCUGGACUUUUGUGAUCCUGACCAAACGAAGUUCACUCAGUGUCUAGCAGAGCUUAAGGAGCUUUUACGACAGGAAAUCCACAAGAAAUUCCAUGAACUUGGACAAGAUGUAGAUUUAGAAGGAAGUUGGAGUGACAUCUCUUUGUCUGACAUUGAAUCCAGCACCAGUGGCUCUGACAGUUCUCUCUCAGAUGGUCUUCCUGUUCACCUAGCAAACAUAGCAGAUGACCUGACUCAGAAAAAGAAGAUGUUUAAGAAGAAAAAAAAGAAGUCACUUCAGACUAGGAAACAGCGAAAUGAGCAGUAUCAGAAAAAAAAUUUGAUGCGGAAGUUAAAGUUAACAGAAGAUACCUCAGAAAGGGCAGGAUUUGCUUCUACUCUGCAAAAGCAGCCAACCUUUUUCAAAAACUCAGAGAAUUCCAGUUUUUCACCAAUGAAAAAUGAAAACCCCAGGUUAAAUGAGACAAAUUUAAACAGAAGACACAAAGACACCCCCCUGGACCCAUCAAUGGCCACCCUGAUUCUGCCUAAGAAUAAAGAGAGAAUGCAGAAUAAGAAGCCAGGCUUUACAGUAUCAUGCUCUCCAAAGAGAACCAUAAACUCCAGCCAAGAGCCAGCUCCAGGUAUGAAGCCAAACUGGCCUAGGAGCAGAUAUCCUGCCACAAAGAGAGGCUGUGCUGCCAUGGCGGCAUACCCAUCCUUGCACAUAUACACAUACCCCUAGGUGAGCCUGGGCUGUGCCACACAGGCACUUCAUCAGGGGUUUUGAGAUUAGACACAUUUUGUAAUGGGGGAGAUGUAUGACUGGGAACUGCAUUUACUCGUGGUAUACUGUGUUGUGCACUCAUGCACUGACCUUACACUUCGUCCUUAUACUGUGGGCAUGUGGUCAAGAUGCAUACCUCAUGAAUUCAACUACUUUUUCAUAAAAUGAAAUUUUAUUAUGAUGUGUAAAAAUGCUUUAUCAGAAACUGAAGUGUGUUCUCAUGGCGCACUUCAUGGCAGCACAGAUAUACCUCAUUUUAACCAAUAGAUAUUCUCUCUAAAAUUAUGUGCAAAUCAAUUUUUAAAAAUCAAACUCUAUGUUAAACACAUUUUGGGAGUGUGCUAUAAUAAAAAAAAAGUGUUGUGUCAGAGCUUCUAGUGACGGUCAGUCCUACCGCUGUAUGUCAGGUUUGCUCAGAAUGAGGUAUUCCCACAUAGAAAUAACAAUGCAUGUAUUAUCCAGAAUUUAAUGUUACGUAUCUUAUGUUCAAUGAGGUUUUGUAAAUUUUUUAGCCUGAUGAUUAAAAUUCUUUCUCUCUA